AUGCUCGACCCCCCCUCCGGUCAAGAUUCGGAUUCAGAUACCCAGAGCAAUAUUCUCAUUCGUUCCCUCGCAGGCCUCUCUGGAAAGCACUCGGGCAUGCUUCUCCUCCAAAAAGCCGGGCGAAAUCGAGAACUUUAUGCUCAGACAGACAACAUGAAAGCGGCACAAAGUCUGCCCCAGAAGAUUCACCCUCAGAAACAGACACAUCCUCGGAAACAGACGUGUCCCAAGAAACAGACACAUCUUCGGCAAUUUCUUUCGAAGGUUAUGACAUAG